AUGCCUCUGCUGGUGGAGGGGCGGCGGCUCGACCCGGCCCGGCCUCUCCGGGAGCUGCUGCGCGCCUUCCCGGAGCUGGAGGAGCAAGCCAAACAGUUCCGCAGCCAACCUGCUCAAGCGGUGGGACCAAAAGGACUUCUCUAUGUCCAGCAAAGAGAAUUUGCUGCUACCACGUCCAAAGAUGGUUCCGUUUCCAUUCUUGGCUCAGACGAUGCUACAACGUGCCAUUUUGUGGUCCUGAGACACACAGGGAGUGGAGCAAUUUGUCUAACUCACUGUGAUGGAUCAGAUACCGAAACAGAAGUUCUGCUGGUGAUAAAUGCAGUAAAAGUGCUUUCUCCAACCACUGACUGUGGAAGGUUGGAGUUGCAUCUGAUUGGAGGUUUUUGUGACGACCGGCGCCUGUCUCAGCGUCUUACCAGUCAACUCUUAAGAGCGUUUGACCGUCUGCUAGAUAAUGUUUAUUUGAUGACAUUCUGUGUCACAGAACUGAAUGACCGCCAGGAAAAUGGCAGGCAUUUGCCAUAUAUUUAUGGAAUUGCUGCGAAUGUUAAAACUGGUGAGAUUUUCCACGCCACGUUUCCAGACCGAGGCCCUGAUGAAGACAUGCGGUCUGCCAGGGUCUUAGCAGGAGCAAAGAUGAUCAGCAUUUACGACCCGAAGAAGGAACAACUUUGCAUUGGGCCUUACUACUGGAUGCCUUUCCCCCACGUGGAUUUCUGGUUGGAGCAGAGCAACCAGAGCAUCUUACAGAAUCUCUCCACUUCGCCUCUGGCGGAGCCCCCCCAUUUCGUGGCCCACAUCCGAGCUACUCUGCUCUACCUAAGAGAACAUCCGUUCCCCGAUAAGACUCUCUUCCCCACACAGAAACCUCGCCUCUACAAAAAAAAUGCGGAGGGCUUGUGGGAGAGAGUCUCUGGCCAGAUCUGACCCAAAGCAGAGGAACCAGGAGCACUCCGGAAGUGAAAAUCAAGGAAGAUGGUCAGAGACCUUCCCUAUGACGUGCACAUUCACCUUUGUGAGCCCCACAAAGACAUCGGGGAAAACCAGCGUGUGGUUUUGCGCCCUCCCCCCAAAUAUCCCGUGUUUUCCAAAACAGCCAGCCAAUUCGGUGCAAAAUUAGGAAAUCUUUACACAUUUCAUGGGGUUGGGUCCAAAGUUCUCAAGAACAUAAAAAUGGGCCUCCGUAGUAUUACAAAGAAGGAGGUGGAACCUGAUUGUUGGUACUCCCAUCCUUGCUCUCUCAAGUUUUCUGGCUUUCGUCAUUUCUUCAGGACCAGCCUCAAAGUAGCCAUUCUGCUUGCUUCGUCAGAGCUAGGUCCUUGAUAAAAUAUCAGCUGGAGAACCUUCCCAUGCUGGAAUGAAGCGGUGUGGUCCCUGUUCUAGAGUACAGAUGGUCCGUUUCAAGGCCUGACCUGUUCCGGUGAGGUUGGAAUGACCCAACAUGAGGACGCUUCAGGUAGGGUUAGAACAUGACCUUGACACAAGAUGUUUCGGUGAAGACCUUCUGACCUAGACAAUUUUGCUCCUCUCUGGAACUCUCUCAGUGUUGGGGGAGUUUUCAUAUGAAGCUAGACCUUGUUGGUGCCACAUGAGAAGAAGCUGCUCCAGACUAAUAAUAGAUAUUUGUGUUGAGUCUCCGAGCAAUAGCUAAAGAAUGUUGACCAUGACAUUCUUCUUGGACUGAGGACCAAAUGUAUGCAAGCAAAUAUGUUGGGUGGGACUUGCCUACAUACCUAUCCUCUGAUAGGGACUUUGGAUCUUUGUGCAGCUCAACGUGUGUGUGUGUGUGUAUGUGUGUGUGUGAGAUUCUCCUCAAUUCCUUUUUAAAGUUGAUUUUUCUACCAUGAAUCUCCAUAACUGGUCAUUAUUCCAGCAAGAAAACCACACGGCUUCAGGUACGACUUUCAAGGCACACGUCUGUAUGGACAACAUUCAAGUUUUUGUUCCGGCUUUUUCAGGCUGUAUUUUUCUCCACUGUUCAGCUUCCUGUUCUGUCAGAAACUGGGAGAAUCUAGCCUGAAUCUCACCGUCGCUGUGUCUUGCAGCAUCCAAGGUGGUGGGGUUUUCAUUUAACCAGAUCCAUCAAACCGUUGAAUGUAGCCAAAAUAACAUAUAUGACGAUUAAAGGCAGUCUCCGCUUAAAUCUUUUCCAUUUGCUUAAACAAAAACAAAACCCAUGUCUUUUAUUAUACCCAUUUCUAAACAAGGAUCCGACCAUUUUAUCAAAUGUAUUGCUUUUGUUAACUAAACCCAAAAGCUUUUCCAAACACCUCUGCAUGUAAUGAAACUUUUAAAACUGUUUAAUGAUUUAAUCUGGUUUUCUUUUGAGGUAUUUAUGUGUCUCUGAAGUAGGUACGUUUCUUCUUCUUUGCUGAUGUUCUACAAUUUCUGGACAAGGCUGAACAUCCCUCUGAGGUAUUUGGGAAUGUGCCAGACCUACGGAAGCUAAUUAUAGGGGA